CAUUCCAAUUUUCAGCAUACUGAAAUAAAAAUACAAACUUUGACUUUUAAUAUUUUUGAUUCAUUAUUAAACUCAAGUUGGAUAAUCAUCCUUCAAUAAUGCUGAUUUCAAUAUUAAUAAUAACAUGAUUCAUCGUCUAGGGUCUUUUUCUACAAAUCUGAAAGAAAAUAUAUAUAAUCAAUAUCUUCGAUUAUGGUUUAAAGAACCCAUUGUCAAAUUAUUGUCUUCAUCACCAUUUCCUCCUACCCACCACGGUUAGAUCUCUCUUUCUCUCUUGUGAUGAUCAUCCAAUUGUGUUAUGCUUACAAAGUGUUUGUUUAAAUGCCAAAGAGAAAUAUUAUGCUGAAAUUCUUAUUAUCUGGAGUAGUAGUAGUUGUUGUUGUUGCUGAUAUUGAAACUUUGAUUCAGAAAAAUCAGACAAGUUUGAAUUGAUCCAUUGAUUUGGAUAUUGUUGACAGAUCAUUAAGCCUUCCAAUAAUGCUUUCACUCAAGGCAUGUUUCUGUUCUAAAGCAGCUGGUCAAAGUUAUGAAUUUGAUGAACACCUUAAUCUUGCCUCUGAAACAACUUUUAAUGUGAAUGAAGUUGAGGCAUUAUAUGAGAUGUUCAAGAGUGUAAGCAGUUCGAUAAUAGAUGAUGGUCUCAUCCAUAAGGAGGAAUUCCAUCUUGCUCUUUUCAAUAAUGGCACUAAGCAAAAUCUUUUUGCAGAUAGGGUAUUCAAUUUAUUUGAUCUUAAACGAAAUGGGGUCGUCGAUUUUGGAGAGUUUGUCAGAUCAUUAAGCAUUUUUCAUCCAGAUGCUCCUCUCGAUGAUAAAAUAGCAUUCAUGUUUAGAGUCUAUGAUCCGAAGCACAAUGGCUACAUAGAUCGCGAUGAGCUGAAAGAGAUGGUGCUGGCUCUUCUAAACGAGCUAGAUUUGUCGGUUUCAGAUAGCGUGGUAGAAGAUAUGGUCGAUAAAGCAAUGAUGGAGGCUGACAAAAAGGGAGAUGGUAAGAUCGAUUUAGACGAGUGGAAACAACUUGUAGCGAAGAACCCUUCACUUAUUAAGAACAUGACAAUUCCAUAUCUGAAGGAGAUAACUCUGGCAUUUCCAGAAUUUGUGGUUACUACGAAAGUGAAAUCGCCAGAGCUGGUUUCGAGGGAGUCGUACCAUCAACGAUCAAGCUAUUCUCCUGACUCCACAGUUGCGUCUCCUCCUAUACCACUUACUUAAUGGAUGAAGUUUUGUAUACUAACAGUUGUAACAUAUGGUUUGGAUGUAAACACAAUUUUCUUUUUGUAAAUUAUCUUUAAAAUAUGUUGGCCAUUGAACAUGUAUACUAUCAGGGAUAACUGAAUUUAUACUUACCUUU